AUGUUAAAUGGGGAUCCUCAUUACCCUGUUGGGAUACCCAUAGACCCAAUAGUGUUUGGUAAACAGGUCCCCGUUGGGAAUCGGGUCGGUGAUGGGAUCGAUUUUCAUAUUUGGGGACGGGGGUGGGAUUACCAAAAUCCGUCCCAAACCUGCCCCAUUGUCAUCCCUAAGAUUGAGAGUUCAAGUAUUGCGGAAAAUGAAAAGAGGAACAUGAAUGAAGCCUCAUCAUCUUCAUCCUUCAAUCAACAACUUACAGAAAUAACAGAGGAGAACAGAGUAAAUUUCUGUAGCAACGACUUCCAUGUGGAACCACCAAAAUCGUACAACUACUACCAGCAGCAGCCUAAUCAUAUAAUUACCGAUGUUCUUCCUCUUCAAUACCCCUCGAUAGUAAUGGAGUACCAAAGAGAAAAACUCCCAGAUUGGCAAUGUCUACAAAGUUUCCAGGCAACACAGAAUCCUAGGAAACGUAUGAACGAUGGUUGUGAUCAAAAUAUUAAUGUGAACAAGAAACUCACACAACAUGUCGUUAACGGACGUUUGAGAGAAAGGGUGCCUAUGAGAAGAAGCCAAAAGCUAGCUGACAAAAUCACAGCCCUUCAAAAGCUCGUCUCUCCUUACGGCAAGACGGACACAGCUUCUGUACUUCAAGAAGCUCAUAUCUCUAUCAAUUUCCUUCAUGAUCGGAUUCAGGAGUUGCUGCAGAAAACACAGAAUUCAGCAGAAAACGUUCGACCAGUGCAAUUUUGGAAUGAGGAAGCAGAAGUCGGGAUCCGUGAGCAAGGGCUGUGUUUGGUUCCCAUAUCAACUCCUGAGAUCAACAGCCUAUGUUUUGGAAAGCAUAAUUUUAUGCCUGGAAGCGGAAUAGAAUGA